AAAAACACGCCAAUGCGCGGUCAAAAUGUAUUUGAGCAUGUGCAGGACAUAGUUUGUUUUGAAUUUGCUUUGACUAGUUCACUUUGUCGGAAAGUGUAGAAACAGUUCCUCAUUUUAAGCGGAAGAAGUAUGGUUUUUUCUGGAAAAACUCAUCUGGGUGAAAAGAAUUGAAAAUAACUUAUAACGCAUAAAAAUAUGGUACGAUAAACAGUCGCCAUUUCAGGUAGUUUUACGUAAAUAGGGGCGUAACUGGGACGUAAAAAUUCAAAUUUUUAACUAUUCGUACCACAAAAAAAGACUUUAGUUUUGUGAACGCAAGGUUAAUUCACAAAUUUCAAAGGUGACGGAACGGACUAAGAACUAUAAAUGGCCAACCUAGUCCCUAGGGCUUUCGAGGUGUUUUUUACAUUUAGACGGAAUCAAUGUAAAAAAACCUAAAAAGCCCUGGGGACAAGGUUGAUACAUGGUACUUUAUAAAAUGACUUAAUCUCCUCAUAUUUUCACAAGCUAAAUAUUCAUGUUUGUUGCGGCUUUAAAGAAACACGAAAAUGGUACCGUAUGAAUGUAGAGAAAGGUGCAUCAUGUGAUGUCGAAGUUAACGUCCUUGUAUCCAUUGAAAUGACUAAACCGGACACUAUAAAAAAGUGUGGCUUCCUAUACGCACAGAGCAAGAAACGUUGGAAAAAAUGGAAGGAAAGAUUCUUUAUGUUAGCUCAAGUAUCUGGCUUUCAAAUGGUUUUAUGCACAUUCAAUACAAAUUCUUCAAUUCCUUACGAAUGGAUGAUCAUUGAAGGCUACACAGUUGAUUAUGCAGACAACUCAGCGAAUUUACCCGGUGGACGCUUCUUCUUCCGGUUGACAAACGUGAAUGAUGUUGUGUUGUUUGCAUGCGAAGAAGAUCAAGAUCUACUAAACUGGAUUUUCAAAUUGUAUGUAGCCACAGGGCAAACCUACAAGCCAGAGAUUUCAGCCAAAGGAAUGUCCACUACACCAAAUGAUGACACCAAUUUACAAAAGACAAAACGAGAUAUGGAUCGAGCAUUUAAACAUGGUUUUGGUGAUAUUGUCCAAGCUGAUCCUCUGCACUUUAAUCAUGUGGACAUGUUCGCAACUCUUCACAAGGCAACUUUGAUCCAUCGUUUAAACGAUGCAUAUGUAUCCAGGGGACGUUUGACCACCGACCAAACAGCCGUCUUAAAUGAAUAUUGUGCACGGUACGGUGUUAACCCGAUACAUCAAUAUCUUAUACUUGUAAAUAAUCUAUUGGAAAGUGCUGAAAACGAUGGUAUGAUGGAUGUUAAAAUCAUCGGUGAAAACUACUGGUCAUUGAGAAAAUUUAACCUUGACACAGAAGAAUUAGAGCAAAGGUUAGAAGAACUGACAUAUCGUUUGGAAGAUUAUCUGUGCAAGCAAAUUAUUAAUUUCAAAAAGAACUUCCCUUAUGGUCAACCAAAGAAUGCUUUAAAGAGCACUAUAUCACUACUUGAGGAGGUUUUGUCUACUCACAAAGAUGAAAGAAAAGACACCAUAGAUGUGUGCAUUAGAAAGAGUGCUUUGGUAAAUUAUAUACAACUAACAGAUAAUUUGAGAAUGCAAGAUUCUGUGUUAUACAAUAUGUCGCACGAAGAAAGAAUGAACAAAGCAUAUGACCUUUCAACAAGAUGUGUCGAUGAAGUGGAAGACAUUCGAAGUUAUUAUCCAGAGGUUUUGUCGUCGACAAAUGGUGAGCAUCGAAAUUACGCCAACUCAUUUCUACUACUUCUCACUGUAGAUCUUGAUAUCAUAAAGUUAAAACAGCCAUAUUCUUUCUUCAAUGGGCUACAAGUGUUUAAGUUGCUGAAUUCUUACAGUUUGUCUCAUGUUUCACUAAGACAAGGGACAUUUCAUAAAUACAUCCUAAAAAUGUUUUCACCGUUGAUAAUCAGCUACAUGGAUGUAACUGAAGAACUUAUUAUCAACGAUUUUUAUGACAACGUUACCAAAGAAAGUUAUGGAGAAUAUAUAGAAGAGACACCCUUCCUCCAAACGUUUGAAGAUUUACACAACGCUUUGCUUGGUAUGCAAGAGUUCACACUUAGUUUGCAAUGGCCAUAUGGAUUGUUUGCGGAUCAUAUUACGACUCGAACAAAGUUCUUUUCAGCAGACAUGAUGGAAAAAUUCGUUGAAAUAUUACACCAAGAAAUAUCAAGUAUUAUAAAACAUAUGAAGGGCACGUUAAGUUUUGUUUUACCUUCCAAAUGCUGCUCCCUUGUUAAUGUACUUAUUGAAGCAUAUCAGAAGGUUGGAGCUCUAUGUCCAUCUAGCCAAUAUUAUGAAAACGAGACCUCGUGUAGUUUAUAUCAUAAGAAUAUAUUUAAAUACAUCCUGGAUAUCCAAGAUGAAAUUAUCGACAUGAUUAAAUGCAAGUUUCAGAAUGUUAUCAAUUCAUUAUUAAAAUCUUUAUGUAAAUUCGACCAAGGAACAUGGUACUUUGCAGUGACUUGUAAGGGUCGAAAUAUGGAUGAUGCAGAAAAUUAUUUUGAAUUUCUUGCAAUGAACAUCCGCCAGUUUAAACAUGAAAUCAAAAAUGAUAACUUUCGUUACCUUCUUAAAAUGGCAAUAUGGAAGAACUUGUGUACAAUGAUCAAUGAUUGGUUGGAUGAUAGACAUGAGGAACCUUUACAUGCCACACCUUUAAAGGUUUUGCAUGAUAUAUUGCAGUCCUGCCGCUCCUUAUUUGAAGAACACGACUUUUCAGUGACAGCCCUUGAAAGCAGCGAAUACAACAAAGCGUCGAAAAGAAUACAAGUGGAAAUUGUUAUGCAAAAAAUGCAUCAAGAUGAUGAAAUGGAUGUUGAUGAAAAGUAGUAGCGUUUCUUACAAGUUUCUAAGGCUCCUUUCACUUGACUGCAUUUUCCGCAAUUGUUGAAAAACUCACGAGCGUUUUUGUUAGCGCGUGUCUGGCGAAAUCUACUUUUAGUUGGUGCAAAGUGUAAAUAAUUAAAUUGUAUAUUAUUAUAUAAUAUAUAUAUAUAGCUAUUAGCGUGUAGUGUUAGCUACAUUCAAGUGCUUGUCCAAUACCUCUUGAGACUACCGUGGAACUUCCUUAAAGCGGACAUCGGACCCCUCUUUAAGACGAACAAGGAAUUCUCAGACGAUUACGCUGUUAGAUUUCUUGUUUGUUCUGAAAGUCUGUCAUAAAAUAUAGAAGUCAUUUUGGCUCUAUAAGUUUGGCAAAGUUUGUUAAAGUUUUUCAUAACUAAUAACAUAAUAAGGCUCAAAUUCAGUUAGAAAGUUACACCAUUUGCUCUUCAUUAUUUGGCAUCUAAACGCGCAUAUUGGCACGAUCAUGAGGCACGACACAGACCUAUUUGUCAAGAAAGUCUUUAAAACUACGUGAAAUAUGUAUUAUUGGAAUAUAUUUACAAAACAUAAAUUACAAAAAAUGGUAGACGUGUACCCCACCCUACUUUUAUAACGAAAAGACUUCACAAAAACCCAAUUGAUAAAAUGAGAAUUAAAGACUAGAAUUAUUGAAAACAACAUAAGACGUCGUCGGGUAUUUGCCGCCUUUUCACGACGACAUCUCCAAAAUAUCCAAAAAAAAGAUUUUAAACAAAGAU